AUGAGAAGUGAAACUGAAGCAACAUUGUAUGUGAAAAGAAGUGAAGAUGAAGACUUAUUAGUUGCUUCAGUGUAUGUGGAUGAUAUUUUAUUAAUAGGCAGCAAAGAAUCAAAGGUUGAAGAGUUUAAAGAGAGCAUGAAGACAACUUUUGAGAUGAGUGAUCUUGGGAGGAUGUCAUUCUUCUUGGGAAUGGAGGUGAAGCAAAUGGAGACUGGAAUAUUUUUACAUCAAAAGAAGUAUGCAGAAGAACUCUUAUCCAAAUUCUGUAUGGGAAAUAGCAAGCCAGUCAGUACACCAUUUUCAGUUGGAGAAAAACUCUUCAAGGAGGAUGGUACACCUCAAAGAGGCAUUUUCAAGCAGCAAAGAGAGUCCUUCGAUACAUUAAAAGGGACUGUUGAUUAUGGCAUAUACUAUGGUAGAACAAAUUCAGUAAAUCUUAUUGGCUUUUCGGACAGUGAUUGGGCUGGAAAUGAUGAAGAAGUGAAGAGUAUUUCUGGAAAUUGCUUUACUAUUGGGACUGGAGUGAUCACUUGGAGCUCAAAAAAGCAAGGUCCGAGAACUUCAAUCAACACUGGUCGAGUAUAUUGGGGGUAUCCGAGCGUUGAAAUAGCUAUUUCGAUAGCAAAGAAUCCAGUUUUUCAUAGCAAGACCAAGCACAUCAAAGUUAAAUACCAUGUUGUUCGUUACUAUGAAGAGAAGAAAGAAAUUAAAGUGGUGUUCUCAUUGCUCGAAGAGCAAUUAGCUGAUAUAUACACUAAGCCUUUGAGCAAAUUCAGAUUUGAGAUACUCGUAAUGAGGCUUGGAAUGGACGGCUUGAGUCCAAGGAGGAGAUUGAAGGCUGGAGAAGCUAGCAACUCAAGUCUGAAUUGA